GUGCAGGUCUACAACCAAAGACCAACCCUCAGACCUUCAGCCGGAAACGAGAAGAAAACGCAGCUGGUUUUCGUGACGUCACGAGGACCAUUUCCGAACACACUGGCGGGAGUGCGAAUUUUAUUCUGUAGCCACCAAAUUUCCUGCCAACAAUAACCUGCAAAAGGAAGCUUUUUUAAGACUUGUUUUGAGAACCAGUCGAGCAGUGUACAGUUGUAAGAUUACUGACAACUGAAACUGACCAAUUCUGUGGGAGAGAAGACAGCAAGAGCCAACGCCACACAGUUUUAGUCAGAGACUACGUUUUUUUUUUUAGCUUGCUAGCUAACGUUAGCUAGCUUACUAGUUGGCGUCCUAUCUUUAUCAGCAACUUUGAAUAAUUACUCCAUACGAAGGAGCGACCUUUGCGUUGUUUUCAAGUAAUUAACUUGCUAGGCUUGCAAGGCUAAAACAUGGCUAAAGUUCAGGUGUUGAAUGUCGCUGUGUUAGACAACCCGAGUCCUUUUGGGAAUCCCUUUCAAUUCGAGAUUACGUUUGAAUGCAUGGAGGAUUUACCGGAGGACCUGGAGUGGAAGAUCAUCUACGUAGGCUCUGCGGAAAGUGAGGAGUACGAUCAGACGCUGGACUCGGUUCUGGUUGGACCCGUGCCGGCAGGCAGACACAUGUUUGUUUUUCAGGCGGACGCCCCGAACACCGGGCUGAUUCCGGAGAGCGACGCCGUCGGCGUGACGGUGGCCCUGAUCACGUGCACCUACCGCGGACAGGAGUUCAUCCGCAUCGGCUACUACGUCAACAACGAGUACACGGACCCGGAGCUUCGCGAGAACCCGCCGGUCAAGCCGGACUACACACAGCUUCAGAGGAACAUCCUGGCGUCGAACCCACGCGUGACCCGCUUCCAUAUCAACUGGGAGGGCUGCGCGGAGAAGAUGGAGGACAGCGAGAACGUGGACCCGGCUCCCAACAGCGCCGGCAGUAGUAGCGGCAUGCUGCCCCCGUCGUCCUGUCUGCCCGGCAAGGCCUUGCCCGUAGGCCUGCUGCCCGACAACUCCAUGGAUUUCCUUUAGGGACGCACCGCUGGGCCUGGCUGUGUUCUGGGACAGGGGGCCGCCCUCGUGUACCUUUAUGUGCACUGCCCCCCCCCCCACACACACACACACACACACACCCAAUCCCCUCCCCCCGCACAGCAACAGAUUUGGCUUUCUCCUUCACAUAGCGACAGGUCCCUCUUCCCAGCAACCUCUCCGUCGCGCUGUCCCUCCCCAUCUCCGCUCGUCUGUCUCUCUCUAAACUACAGCUCCUUCACAGAGCGACGGCUCGCUCCCCUCCCCUCUCCCCCUUGAUCAGUCUCCCUCUGUCUCCCCCUCACUUCGUCUCUCGGUAGCCUGCUGCUCCUAAAUGGUCAUUGUCUGAGUCACCACCCUAGUAAAGUCCGGCCACUUCAGGCUCCUGGAUCAAAAGUGUCUGUUUUGACCCAACGAACCAGACCGGGUCCCAAAUCCCCAUGUCCUUUUCUAGAGGUUGGCGCAGAAGUCAUUCGGAUGCUCUAAAUCACGUCCAGGUAACGGACCUGUGGUUCAUUCUGUGAAGGUAUAGAGGAAGGCAGUGUUUGAACUAUUCCACCUGGGCUGUUCUGUUCGAAAGUUGGCCAGGCAUUGGUGUUAUAAAAUGUUGGUAACUUCACCCAGUGUGGACAGUUUUUUUUCCAAAACAAAAUCAUGUUUGAGGACUUAAGGUAUUUACUUUCUGUUUCUGGGAACUGUCCAACAGGCAGUUUUUCUGGAAAAACUGGGGAAUCAUCCUAAUUCUUCUAAACCCACUGUGCAACAGUGUCUCUAAUGGUACCCUAUUCCUCUUAUAGUCCCCCUGUUUGAGUUGACUUCUAGGUAUUACUGCUGUCAUGUAGUGCAUUAUUUAAGGAGUUGGGUGGGGUGGAAUUUGGGCGUUUUUGUCAGUUAUCUGUCUCUUUGAUUUUGUUUCCUGUACAUAAAUUUGAUUCAUUAGCGUGUAAGAAAUAAUGUAAUGGUUUUUUGUUUUGUUUGGUAUUGUAUUGCUUUAUAAUAUUUGUAACAAUAAGUUCUAAUAAUAAACAUGUUUUGUUGUUUUGUAAAAUG